AACAAACAAACGAACUACCGUCUCGUCUCUCUCUCUCUCUCGCUGCCGAGCAGAGGCCGAAGAAGAAAUGAAAAAUAAAGAAAAAGAAAAAGAUUUAAACUUCUUUUGUUCUUUUAAUUCUCAGUUUGAGAAAGGAAAUCAAAUUUCAUAGUAAGUUAUAGACUCUUUGAUUAGGGUUAGGGUUAGGGUUUUUUUAGUGAAAAAGAAAACCAAACAGCUUGUUUGGCAGUUUUGAAUUAGGGUUUCGAGAAAUUUAAUUGUUAAAUUUAGUUUUUGCUUUGUUUUGAAUUAGGAUUUAUUGAAAUUUGUGUGUGCUAAUGUGAGUGAAGUUGUUGGUGGAGGGAGUUUUGUUUUGUUGUUGCAAUUUUUUUUCAAUGGGGAGUACAGGUGAGCCAGACAGAAAACGGCGUCACUUCAGCUCCAUAUCAUCACCAACAGCUGCUAUGGCUAAAAAGCAGCCGUUAUCGCAUCUGUCCGAGGACAAAAAGCUUGAUACUGCUGUUCUUCAAUACCAAAAUCAAAAGCUUCAACAGAAGUUAGAGGCUCAGAAGGUUGAGCAUUCUGCACUUGAAAACAAGUUCUCUCUACAGAAGGAGAAACAGAAACCAUACAAUUCCACAUUGAAGGCUGUCAAUAAGUCUUGGGAAGUGCUGGUGACUGACUUGGAAACAUGUUCCAACCGCACAAGAGAGUGGAUCAAUGGGCAAGAUGUCAAACAUGUACCAACCGCGAGAGACGGGGGCUCAUCUUCUCUCAAGGAUGCAUUUCUUAGCAGACUUAUGGAAACUGGUGCAACUGAAAGUUCCUCUGCAACUAACUGCCCUGAUCAGAUGGAAGUGGAUAGAGAAACUGCCUUUGAAAAGAAUAAAAGGAUUGCACAUAAUUUAGUGGCUACAAUCAAUGGCCUUUGGUAUCUGAAGGAUGGAUUACGUGCAGCAGUUUUGAAACAGCUUACAGAAGAUGAUGCUUGUAGGGAAACAAUAUCUAAUGAAUUGGAGACAGAACUUAAGAACUUGAGGUUAGGGCUAAGUGAUCUUCAUUUGAAGCACAAAUCACUGGCAAGGGAAUUGCAGAACCAUCGAGACAGUGAUGCAAAAAAUAAAGCUGAGCUUAAGCAUCUAAAAGGUGAAUUGGAGACCACAGUUGCAGAAUUAAAUGACAGCAACUGUAAAUUGGCAACACUUAAAGCAGAGAGAAAUGCAACUAAAGGGGCAUUCUUCCCUGUCUUAAACAUGGGAAGCAAGCAUGCUGCUGGUGAUCAGGUCAGGGAUAAACAAAAGGAUCUUCUAGAAAUGGAGUCUGCUGUCAAAGAGCUUUUAGACCAAGCUUCCUCUCGACUACUAGAAGUAAAAGAUCUUCAUGAAGAAAGGUUAAUAAUAUUACAGAAGCUAUCCAAUUUGCAGCACUCAUUGAAGAAUGUGAAGGUUAUUUCUUCAUCACGAGCCUACCUUUUGCUGAGAGAUCAACUAGAGAAAUCAAAAUCAAUGGUUCUCCAUUAUCGUGCCUUAUUUGAGAAACUACAGGUUGAGAAGGAUAACCUUGUCUGGAAGGAAAGGGAAUUAAAUAUGAAAAAUGAUUUAGUUGAUGUUUGUCGAAGAUCUACUGCGGUUGUGGAUUCUAGAGUUGCUGAUUUAGGAAAGGAGAUACAGAAACAGAUUAACGAAAGAAACAUGAUUGAGACUAAUCUGGAAGAGUCAUCAAGAGAACCAGGAAGAAAAGAUGUGAUUGCUGAAUUCAAAGCAUUGGUUUCUUCAUUUCCUGAGGAAAUGGGCUCUAUGCAAAGCCAAUUAAGUAACUUCAAAGAAGCUUCUUCUGAUAUUCAUUCUUUGCGGGCUGAUGUGCAGUCUCUUUCUACUGUUCUGGAUAGGAAGGGAAAACAGUGUGGAAGUUUGUCUUCCAGAUCAACGAGCCAAAUUGCUGAGAUACAUAAGUUGCAGUCUGUGGUCCAAGAUCUGAAUGAAAACAUACUGGAGUUGAAACUGAUUUUGGACAUGUAUCAACGUGAAUCCACUUAUUCAAGGGAUGUCUUGGAAGCCAGGGAUCUGGAAUAUAAGGCAUGGGCUCAAGUUCAAAGUUUUAAAUUCUCUCUUGAUGAGCAAAACUUGGAAUUACGAGUGAAGACAGCAAAUGAAGCCGAGGCCAUAUCCCAGCAAAAGCUAGCGGCUGCAGAAGCUGAGAUUGCUGAUUUGAGACAGAAACUAGAAGCUUCUAAAAUGGAUAUGUCUAGACUUUCUGAUGUCCUAGAAUCAAAAAAUGAAGAAAAUGAGGCCUACUUAUCUGAAAUAGAGACAAUUGGUCAAGCAUAUGAUGAAAUGCAAACUCAAAAUCAACAUCUGUUGCAGCAAGUAACGGAGAGAGAUGAUUAUAACAUUAAGCUUGUUUUAGAGGGUGUGAGAGCAAGACAACUGCGGGAUUCUCUGCUGAUGGACAAACAAACCAUGGAAAAGGAGAUUCAGCAAGCCAAUAUUUCCGUUGAUUUCUUUGAUGUGAAAGCUGCAAGAAUAGAAGAUCAGUUAAAAAAUUGUUCAGACCAGGUUCAUAAACUUGCAGAAGAUAAGUUUCAAAGGUCGGUUAUGUUGGAAAAUACACAAAAGAAAUUGCUAGAUUUGAGAAGAUCAUCUAAUCAAGCAAGAGAGUCAUUGGAGGAUUCCCAAUCUAGAGUUGAAAGAAGUCGAGCUGCUCUUUUGGAGGUGCAGAUAGAUCUAGAGAAAGAGAGAUUUGACAAGAGAAGAAUGGAGGAGGAAUUGGAAGUUGCAAGGAGAGAGUUUUCUCGUCUUCAAGAACAUACAGAAGGGUCUUCGAUUGUAGAAAAGCUUCAACAGGAACUUAGAGAAUACAGGGAAAUAGUUAAGUGCAGUAUCUGCCUUGACAGACCAAAAGAGGCUGUCAUUACAAAAUGCUAUCAUUUGUUCUGCAAUCCCUGCAUACAGAGAAUUGUUGAAAGUCGUAACCGCAAGUGUCCAGUGUGUAGCAUGAGUUUUGGGCAUAAUGAUGUGAAGCCAGUUUACAUCUGAUGGCAUGGGAAUGAGGUGUACCGUGCUGUUUGAUGAUGAGGCUCGUUUUCAAAGUCAGGUCCCAAUGAGGCUUGUCUGCCCUGAUAGAACCUUGACCUUUGGAUGCCUGCUGGUUCAUGCCUAUUCUUAUGUUAGAGAAUUACCAAGAGAAUAGUGACAGGAACCAGUGCAAUUCCUGUCCAUAUCAUCCCCAUGCAGAUCAUUUUAAAUUUGAUUCUAGGUUGAUUUCAUUUGUUGCUCGACUUCCAUGUAUCUAGGAUGUUGGUUCCUUAUUAACUGCUAGGAGACACUAUAGUGUUUUGAUUUGUUGCAGAUGAUCAGAAUCCGACAAAAUGCCAUUGCUGAACGCCUUGGAGGUUGUACAGAUCACCUUGGCACAUAGCAAUGAGAGUUGGCUCAUGCAUUUGAUGUCAGUUUUCUCCAUCCAGUGAAAAUACCUGGAAUGGAACUUAAUUUUUGACUGUACAGGUUUUAGUGCAUACAUUAGAUUGCAGGAAUAUCAAUCAGUUUACAUUUUUUGCUUUUAUAAACUAAUGACGUUUAUAGUAGUAGUUUGUGCUAGAUGUGCUCAACGCUGCUUCAUGUAUGUACGAAACUUUUGAAAGUGAAUGUUGUAGUGCUCUAUUUCAUGUAUGUUAUUUCCACUAGUGGGCAUUCUUUCUGAAAA